GCACCGCAGCAAUUAUUCUCCUCCGCUACCUCCGCGGUGGCCACCACACCACACUUGCCUUGCCUUGCUCCCCCACCUCCAUACCGAUCUCACCCCCAAUGGUGGCCACGCCCACACUCUCCCCCCAGCCCUAGAUCCCAUUCGUUUGCGCAUGGCGGAGCACGCCGCCCGCCACCUCCGCCGCCGCGGCCCCGUCGCCGGCUGGUGCUGCUCCUUCGCCGGCGUCCCGCCCAGCCCCGACCACCGCCUCCCCCACCGCACCCUCUCCCACGCCGCCGCGCCGCAAGGACCAGCAGCAGGAUCUGUGUGCACCGGCGGCGAGGGCCCGCGGAAGCAGCAGCUGCCGCCGAAAUCCCCCUCCUCCUUCCACGGCUCGCCCUCCUCCAAGCUGGCGGGCCUCAUCGACUACCCGCGCCGGAUCCUCUCCCCGGGCCGCGUCUCCCCCAUCGACCCCGACGCCCACCCGCCCAUCCCGACCCCCACCCCCACCGACCAGCCGCAACCACACAACCCGGAGCCGCAGCAGCCGAUGGCCCCGUUCGUCGCGGUGCGGGAGGAGGAGGAGGAGGGCCAGGGGGACGGGCUGGAUCUGAGGCUCUGCCUCCGGGGCAGGGACGGCGGCUGCGUCGUCGUCAUGGACCUCGACUCCGCCGUGCUCUGCGGGAGCAGCGCCUUCUUCGCCGCCAUGGCGCCCGAGCCCAACGCCGCCGCCGGGGCCAGGAGGAUCGAGGUCGACGGGGUCGACAACGUCGCCGCCUUCAGGGACGCCGUCGAGCUCAUGUUCCAGGCCGACGCGCCGCGCUGGCUCGCCAGGGCCGGCGUCUCGCGGGCCAUCGCCGUCCUCGAGGUGGCUUCCUCAAUUAUGUUUGACAAAGGAAUCAGAUCAUGUUUGGAGUACAUUGAAGCAGUUCCGUGGAAUGAGAAUGAGGAAGAGAAGCUAAAGCACCUCUUUGCUAGAUGCACUUUCGUUGAAGCGUUAUCAAAAGAUGUACUGGCAAGAUUGCAAACACAACCGUCUAGCAGCUCGGAAGACCUGACCGGUCAGCUCAUCCAAUCUGUCACCAGCAGCACAAACAACAGUGCAAGAAAAGAUAUGCAGUCUUUGAUCAAUGGUCUUCUAAGCAAAAGCUCAGUGUAUCAAAAGGAUUUAUCCGGAUUAAACAAAAGGAGCCUCUACCAGAUUUGCUGUUCGUGUCUGAACCUACUGGUGGAACUUUUUAAGGAAGACUUGGAGCCAAAAUGCGGCACAGGCCAGGCACUGAAAAUUAGGCACAAUAAACCCAUGAUUGAGAGAGUGAGCAAGCAAAGUGAGAACCUCAGCUGGCUAUUUGAGAUCCUGGUCAACAAUGAUAUGGCAGAGAAUUUCGUCGUGCUGUGGGCCGGGCAAGACGAUCUCAUCAGGAUGCACGAGCAAGCGUCACCGAUGUUCAGGUACGAGCUGAGCCGGAUAUCAGCGGGCGUGUUCAUCGCGCUCGGGCAAGGGAAAGUGCAGUGCCCCAGCGAUCUGAGGAGCCAACUGUUCCGGGGAUGGUUCACGCCGAUGUUAACCGAUUUCGGCUGGCUUCAAAGGUGCUCCAAAGGGCUGGAUGCGAGAGCGCUGGAGGAUAGCCUGGGGCAAGCCCUUCUCACCCUCCCGCUCCGGGAGCAGCAGAGCCUAUUCGAGGAGUGGUUCCAGUGCUUCGCGUCUAGGGGUGCGGAAUGCCCGAACCUUAGCCGAGCCUUCCAGGUAUGGUGGCGAAGGUCAUUUGCUAGAUAGAUCGUCGGUAGAGCCCCUGGAGCAGCAGAAGCCUAUGAGAUAUUGCUUGGUCCGCGUGAGUUAUAUCGGUGUUUGUAGUGUGUGUAUGAUUGUAAGAUAAGAUGAAUUCUUGUUAGCCUGUAGAGUUGAAUUUUUGUUUAUGAUCUUGCCUCUGUUC